AUGUCGGGGAACGAAGAUGAUGAUCUAUCUGGUGACAUCUCCGCCACUUCUUCCGGUAGUGUGCCAUUGGCUCUUUCUGCCACACUUUCAAGAGGCGCUUAUCAUCAAUGUGGUACAGCGCGAAGGGUAAAGGUGUAUGAACUAAAAGGAGAAACUUGGUUCGAUCGUGGAACGGGCUAUUGUGCUGGAGUUUACGAUGAACAUAAUGAUGCUGCUUUGCUGGUCGCCCGCAUGGAAGAAACAUGUCGAAGACUAACGCUUGGAAGUAAUGGAAGUGAUGAGCAACCUUUAGGCCGGCCACCAGAACAAGCAGGAGAUGAUGAGCAAGUUGGCGCAGAAGGCAGGGAAGAUCGAGAGCACUACGUCUUGGUGGUGAGCGAGAAUCUAGAUUCUGAUGACCUUUUACUCAAAGCGAGAGUGGUAAAAGAUGACGUUUAUCAGAGACAACAGGAUACGCUUGUCGUAUGGACAGAACCGGAUGGAACGGAUAUGGCUCUUUCUUUCCAAGAGGCUGAUGGUUGUCAUGAGGUUUGGGAAUUCUUGACAGAAGUGCAAAAGCACUUUUUGUUGAGUGCCAGGGGUGGUGCAACAGAAGGAUUUGAUAUGGAAGAUUCUGAUGGUGCCGGAAUGUUGGGCAUGUCAGCUGCAGCUGCAGCCGCAGGAAUGACGACAACCGAAGAUGAUUUGAUAAUGGCCGACGGAACGCCAUUCGCAUUGCCCGACCCACCAAGGAUGGAAAAUUUGCAUCUGAUCGAUAUGACCUUGAAAGACGCUGCUAAUCGAAGUCCACAAGCAAGAGAAAAGGUUGCUGAAUGGAUAUUGCGCGAGGAAUUCAUCCUAAAGUUGAUUCCUGCAUUCCAGGAUGCAGAAGAAUUGGAACAACUGGACGCUUUGCAUAGAUUGUGUGCAAUCAUGCAUACGAUCAUCAUGUUGAACGACAAUGUUUUGAUGGAGAGGAUGCUACGCGAUGACACCUUCCUUGGUGUGGUUGGCAUGUUGGAGUACGAUCCAGAAUUCCCAAAGUUGAAAGCAUCUUAUCGCGAGUAUCUCACAAAUACGGCUCGCUUCAGACAGGUUGUGCCGAUACCUGAUCCAAUGAUUCUCGCAAAGAUUCAUCAAACAUUCCGGCUACAAUACCUGAAAGACGUCAUCCUAGCACGAACGAUAGAUGAUUCAACUUUUGCCGUUUUGAAUUCGCUAAUAUUCUACCAUCAAGCAGAUAUCGUCAUGUUUUGCACAAGUAGCGAGGCUUUACUUUCAUCUCUCUUUCAAUUGUUCGAGCCGAAUCGUAAUGAAAGCGACAGCAAGAAAGCAGAGGCAAUCAUAUUCCUGCAACAAUUGUGUGCAAUAGGAAAGCAGGUUCAAUUGCCUUCACGCAUUGCCCUAUAUCGCACAUUGACCGAAUGGGGACUUCUCAUCGUUUUGGAGUAUGCAUUAACCAGAGUGGAAUCUCGAUUGCGGAAUGCGGCAGCAGAAAUGUUGAUGUCCAUCAUAGAAUAUGAUGCUAGCGGAGUUCGAAGUCACAUUUUGGAGCAAGUUGACAAGAAAAGUUCUUUACCGCCUCUGCUCACAAAGUUGGCGAGCAUCCUUCACGAGCCAGAAGGUGAUCUAGGUCUCAAGACACAAAUCACCGAAUCGAUGAGAAUCUUAUUUGAUUCAAGUCUGGAUGGAUCUGCAGGUGGACCUAUUGUGGCGCAAACUUUGGCGGCUGCAGCGGCUUCACAAUCUCAGGAUGAGAACUCACGCAAGGAUGAUACGGAUCGAUUCUUGAAUUGGUUCUACGAUGGUGAAGUAGAUUACGAUUUGGCAUCAAUACAAAAAGAUGGCAAAGAAGGCGAAAUCGUUGCACGUCAUUUCCACAUCGCUUCUGCGUCAAAGUCUGCGAUGUUGAACCACCUAUGCGAAUUGUUGACGUUCGUCAUGAUUCAUCAUCAAUUCCGUUCUCAGUAUUGGGUAAUUUCUUCCGACAUUGGCAUUCAAGUGGCUACACUUUUGUUUGCUCGCGAGAAGCAUUUACGUUUGGUAGCCCUCAGAUUUUUCCGUGCUUGUCUAGCAAAAGGCAAUCAAUUCAUCAAUCGCCAUUUCGUAAAGAUUGGGCUUUUGGGUGCUAUCCUUUCGGUCAUCGAAGGUGAAUCUACGCGCGACAACUUGGUCACAAGUGCUUGUUUGGAAUUCUUUGAACAUAUUCGCAAAGAGCCUGUGAAACCUUUGAUCAAUCAUCUUUUCGAAAAGUAUGAAUCCAGAGUCAGGGCUUUAACACAACAUGCUACCAUUGGACACUACUUCCAAGCCAUGAUCCUGCAAUGGGAGAAAAGCAAUGCCGAGCAAAGUGUUGCCACAAACACAACAAUGGAAGCCAGCACGACAACGUUUGAUGAAGCAGAGAAGGAAAGAAAGAUGCGUGAUCUGACAAGACGAGGUGAAAAUCGAGCCAUUAUGGAUUCCGAUGAAGAAGAUUACUUCAACGAGGAUGAAGAU